UAUGUUGAAAGCUAUUGUGUAGACUACAUUUAAAGAAAUACACAAAUGCAUGUUAUUGGAUUACUCAGUUGAGUCUGCAAAACUUAGAAAAGUUCUCUCUACAAGCCAAUAUGUAUCCCAUGUACAGUUUAUUACAGGAUAUGUAUGGCACAGUCCCCCCUCCAAAACUACACAUAUUUGGUUAGUAGAGACCCUACUGAGUAUUUUUCACCCCACUUUUUUCUGAGAACGGUAGAAAAGUUCUCUGCAGCCCAAUAUUCUCAACAUACCAGCAUCAACGAUAGUGUUUUUUCAUUGUUGGUUAAAAAUGUUUUUUAAAACCAUAUUUUUAAUUUGUUUCCCUAAAUUACUAAUUGCCUUUCCUUGCUGGCCAUUGAUUAAAAUGCAAUGUCUUUUGAAUGAGUUAUCCAUUUUGCAAUAUUUUGAAAUGUGUAGUUUUAUUUUGAAGGUUUUCUCAUUACAUUAUGAGCGUGACGUCAUCCAUUGUGCUGCUGGCAGAAUACUAGUCAGCUGCACGAGCAAGACAGCAGCGCUGCCCGACCCGUGAACUGCGUAAAGAGCCGGUCUUUGGCUGUAGGUUAUCUACACAAAUGGAGAACUAAGAAUUUCGAUGUUAGAAUAUUUUUUGUGAAAUCUAGAAUGUGUUUCGAACGCAUUGGAAACUGAAAAUUGUGUAGCCUACGAACACGGACAGUCUCUUCAUGAACUCCAGCUUCACUCCAUUUAUUUGGAUUCUCUUUCGCAGUUCCACGUAUUGAGAUGAUCUAUUUUUGUGAUGGCGAGAGGUCUGUUUCCACGGGCCUGGAUAAAGAAAUCAUUCUUUUUCCAGGCUCGCAUCUCCUUUGUGCGGGUCAAAUACCUGUUCCUCACCUGGCUGACAGUGUUUGUCGGAGGCUGGGUGAUCUACGUCCAGUACUCCAACUACACCGAGCUCUGCCGAGGACAUGAGUGCAAGAACGCCAUAUGUGACAAAUACAGGAGAGGCAUCAUUGACGGCUCGGCCUGCAGCAGCCUUUGUGACAAAGACACCCUCUACCUGGGCAGGUGCCUCUCUACCAGCCCCAACAACCAGGUGUACACAGGUGGCUGGGGUGACGUGGACGGGGUGAUCCGCUGCCAGGUGGGGGAGGUGCUGCACUAUGAGCUGGGAGAGGAGCCGGAGCCCCGGAGAGAGGCUGCAGUCUUCGACAAACCCACCCGCGGAACGUCUGUGGAGAAGUUCCGCGAGAUGGUCUUCAAUCACCUCAAGUCAAAACUGGGCGAGCAAGCUAAUCUGGCCAGCCUGGUGACCCAAAUACUCAGCGUCGCCGACGGCAACAAGGACGGCCACGUCUCGCUCCCAGAGGCCCGUUCGGCCUGGGCUCUUCUCCAGUUGGACGAGGUGCUGCUGGGCCUGCUCCUCCAGGAACGGGGCCACACCCCUCGUCUGAUGGGCUUCUGUGGAGACCUGUACGUGACCGAGAGGGUACCCUAUGGCCCCCUUUACGGUGUCAGCCUCCCCUGGCCCCUGGAGGCCUGGGUCCCCAGUGGGGCCCGACGCAGCAUGGACCAGUGGUUCACCCCCUCGUGGCCCCGCAAAGCCAAGAUCUCCAUGGGCCUCCUGGAGCUGGUGGAGGACAUCUUCCACGGCAACUACGGCAGCUUCCUCAUGUGCGACCUGAGCGCCGGCCACUUCGGCUACACGGACCGCCACGACCUCCGCCUCACCGACCCGAGGGCCAUCGUCUCCGAGGACGCGUUCAGGCGAACCAUGCGCGCGCUGCACUGCGAGAAGGACGACGACUGCUUGUUGGGGGCGGACUGCCGGACAUCAUGCGACGUGGCUCAGAAACGAUGCAGAGAGGAGGUGACCCAGCCCAACCUGGCCAAGGCGUGCAGGGCGCUGAGGGACUACCUCCUGAGGGGAGCGCCAACGGCGCUGAGGGAGGAGCUAGAGAGGCAGCUGUAUGCCUGCAUGGCCCUCAGGGGCUCAGCGGGCCAGAUGGACAUGGAACACUCGCUCAUCCUGAACAACCUCAAAGCUCUGCUGUGGAGACAGAUCUCCCAUACUAAAGACUCAUGAUGCUCAAAGAAUUGAGACGUAAUUGACAAGUCUGCUACUGACACAGUGGCUUAGGAAGAGGAGCCUUUGGGGAAAUGAUUUCUAAAAACUCAACCACUUUGGUGGAUCGUUCAUUCAAGACRUACUAUAUUGUUUUAUCUACCACCCGUUUCAUGCAGCAUAGCAGUUGUUUUGGCGGUGUAACCGCAUUAGAGCUGUCAAAUCCACAAGUUGCUCCUGGCAUUAUACCUAUUUGAAAGGAAAUUACUGGAACUCCCUUCAGAAAAGCUAUUUUUUCACUACUUUGUUUUGUAGUAAACAGAGGAAGAUGAGUGUUCCCAGUGACAUCAUCGGUGUGCACCGUGUGAUUUUAACCAAUUAUGAGUAGGCAUUGCCUACUAAUUGGUUGUCAAUGGAAAUCUUCCCCCCUUUUUUUAAACUACUUAACAAACGUGCCAUUUUCACAUUUUGAUGUUGGUGUGGUGCUGGAGAUAUUUUUUCCUUUAAGAUACGUUGUACAACUUCGAACACUAAUGUGAGAUGUAGUCUACACCUCGAUUAGGCUGAUGAAUGAUUUUCAAUUUGAGCUUCAUUAUUUCCCGUUCUGAACUUCUAAAGCGAGUGGCUUCAUGACAAUCAAAAGCAGCCUCUCACCGAUUUGACAGCUCCACCUCAGACACCGCCCAAACAUUAGCUAUGCGGGUGUCGGCUAUCGCUUGAUCCGAUUUAAUCUAGGCAUGAGUCGUUGGAAGAAUGGACUACUACAAUUCAGGAUGCUGGGAAACUGUAGAUACUUGCUGUUUAUGAAGGAGCUUAUGGAACAUUUUGAGGUGAUAGUAUUAAGUACUUGUACAUUAC